ACCUCAUAAGCCACAACAACAUUCAUACUUUAUAGUACCAUACCUCGUACCAACUAUAUGGUCAGUUGACAUUGAGCUAAUCAGAAGAUGAACAUGGUGGUAAAAAUCAUUUCGAAAGAGUGCAUCAAGCCCUCUUCGCCAACACCUCACCACCUGAAAAUCCACAAGCUCUCCCUCUUGGACCAGUUCAUUCCUUCUAUUUAUGUACACAUGCUCCUCUUCUACCCCCUCCACCCAAACGCAACACCUUCUGCUAAUUCGGGUAAUACUUGCCAAAGGUCAAAACUGCUAAAGCACUCCCUCUCAGAAACCUUGACUAGCUUCUACCCCCUUGCUGGAAAAAUCAGAGACAAUCUAUCUAUCGAUUGUGAUGACCAGGGGGCUACUUACACAGAAGCAGAAGUCGAGUCCAUAACUCUCUUUAAGUUCCUCAACCAUCCUGAUAUUUCAUUGCUCCGUCAAUUCCUUCCAUCUGGUGUUAGAUUCAGUGAAUCAGUAGGUCCAGGAGCUCACUUAACUAUGAUCCAAGUUACCAACUUUGCGUGUGGUGGUUUUGUUAUUGGUAUCUCGGUUUCACAUAUGGUUGUUGAUGGAACUGCUGUGACCACCUUUCUUAAGGCUUGGGCUGCAAGGUUCCGAAACAUUUCUGCAUCUGAUAUAUGGAAGCCUAAUUUUGAUGCCCCAUCUGUGUUUCCUCAAAGCAAUGCAUUCCCAAGAGACGCAACCAUAAUGUCUAUGUGGAGAGACUUUCGGAGAAUGGAAAAGUGUGCUACAAGGAGGUUUGUGUUUGAUGCCGCAGCUAUUGCUGCACUUAAGGCCAAAGCAGCAGUCAGCACCACAUCAAACUCAAGCCUGCAAAAUCCAACUCGUGUAGAGGUUGUUACAGCACUCAUCUGGAGAUGCAUAAUGGCUGCGUUUGCCUUCAACAUUGAAAGGACUGAUGGUGGGCAGAGAGAGCAGAGGUCAACUUUGAUAACCCACUCAGUCAAUUUGCGUCGAAGAGCUGUACCACCCUUUUUAGAAAACUGUAUGGGAAAUUUUAUCUUUCCAGCUGCAGCUGCAGUAUGCAGCAGCAAAGCUGAAGAGGUAGAACUGGGUGACUUGGUGAUUCGGAUGAGGGAAGCAAUUAAAAAACUCAAUGGCCAUACUGUCCAAAGCUUACAAGGGGAUGGAGGAGUCACCAAAUUGUGUGAGCUUUCAGAAGAGAUAGGCGAUACUUUCUCUCGUGCAGCAUCCGAUGGUGCCUUGGAUUUUAUAUGUUUUACCAGCUGGUGCAACUUUGGUCUGUACGACGUCGAUUUUGGGUGGGGCAAGCCCAUAUGGAUGUCUUGUGCUGGUGCAGACAAUGCUCCACAAUCCGUGUUCAUGAACACAGUUGUUCUAACAGAUACGAGGUUCCGUGAUGGAGUUGAAGCCUGGAUUUAUCUCGGUGAACCAGAGAUGGCGAUAUUAGAACAGGAUGAGAACUUCCUUGCUUUUGCUGCUACUGAUCAUAGUCCUCUUGAAUAUGGUAACCCUGUUUCUGAUCCAUGA